AGCUCCGCGGUAAUGGAGGCUGAGGAUGAGUGCUGACGGGGCUGGGCUCUGCUUCUAGCUUUAGCUCUGGCUCUGACGCUGCCACUGACUCGGUGUCUGGGUCUGGCAGCCCGAAGCCUGGACACCUUUUCUCGACUCUCCGGGAGGGGACGGCCCGCGGGCAAGCAACUGGUUUGGAGCGCCUCAACCUGGGCAGAGAAUUCUCUUGCCUGGGGUCCAGCCUGCAAAGCCGCCGCCUCCUCCCAGGGAUCCCGCCCCACUGGCCUGGCCUCCUCCAUGCUGUUGAAACAGGCUGACAGCCAUUAACCUGGGUUGCAACUACGGGUGGCACUGGAAGCAGACUGGUUCCUGGACAUGCCCGGUGGAAGGAGGGGCCCUAGUCGGCAGCAGCUAAGCCGUUCAGCUUUACCUUCUUUACAGACUUUGGUUGGUGGGGGCUGUGGCAAUGGAACAGGCCUGAGAAACAGGAAUGGUAGUGCUGUUGGCCUCCCGGUCCCACCUAUCACAGCCUUAAUCACCCCAGGUCCUGUUCGUCAUUGCCAAAUUCCCGAUUUGCCAGUGGAUGGGAGCCUGCUCUUUGAAUUUCUCUUUUUCAUCUACUUGCUGGUUGCUCUGUUCAUUCAGUACAUCAACAUCUAUAAAACAGUGUGGUGGUAUCCUUAUAAUCAUCCUGCCUCUUGUACUUCAUUGAAUUUUCAUCUCAUUGAUUACCACCUGGCAGCAUUCAUCACGGUGAUGCUUGCAAGGAGGCUUGUAUGGGCCCUCAUCUCAGAGGCCACCAAGGCGGGUGCAGCAUCGAUGAUUCACUACAUGGUUCUAAUAUCAGCUCGCUUGGUGCUACUUACUUUGUGUGGAUGGGUACUUUGUUGGACACUCGUCAAUCUCUUCCGAAGCCAUUCAGUCCUGAAUCUCCUUUUCCUUGGCUACCCGUUUGGUGUGUAUGUUCCUCUCUGCUGUUUCCACCAAGAUAGUAGGGCUCACCUUCUUCUUACAGACUAUAACUACGUGGUUCAGCACCAGGCAGUAGAGGAAAGUGCCUCAGCUGUGGGUGGCUUGGCCAAAUCCAAAGACUUCCUCUCCUUAUUGCUGGAGUCUCUAAAAGAACAGUUUAAUAAUGCCACACCCAUCCCCACGCACAGCUGCCCUCUGUCUCCAGACCUCAUCCGCAAUGAAGUAGAAUGUCUGAAAGCAGAUUUCAACCACAGAAUCAAGGAAGUUCUCUUCAACUCUCUCUUCAGUGCCUACUAUGUUGCAUUUCUCCCCCUGUGUUUUGUGAAGCCUGGAUGGUGGAGUUCGGCUGCAUCUGGAGUGCACUAAUACCUGGUUGGUGGAUAGAUAUUUCCAUAUCUGUGAUGCACCCGUGGUGGUCCCCUCUUUCUUUUCUUUGCUUUUCUUUUUUCUCUUCUCUUCUCAUUUCUGUUUUUCCUCUUCUCUUCUCUUUUCUCUUUUUUCUCUUCUCUUCUCUUUCCUUCUACUUCUUUUUUUUUUUCCAGUUUCCGGGGAGAAUAAACUUAUACUUAGUACCAGUAUGUGGUAGCUUAAGAGGACUGAGGUUUCAGUAAAAUUCAGCCUACCAUGGUUGAUUUUAACAUGGUUAUCAGGAGUUUCUUUGAAUUUAAUCUAACCUUUAAACUUUAAUUUACUUUAGUAGAAAAGAAAAAUGGUCUGGAUGUCACUUGGGCCCAAAAUCUUUUGAGUCAUUUUAGUGCCCUUCCUUCACCCGUUGAGAAGCACAUCUGCAGCUGGAGUGGUCAUUCACAGAGAGCAUUCACUUCUUCUAGAAAGGAAGCACUUAAAGUAUAAUUGCCUCUCCCUCCCCACCCUAACUCAUACAGCCAGAAAGUCAGGUUGAAGGAUUUUGGAGGACUCUGCUCUUGAACUUUCUGCACGGACAGCAGGACAACAAAUGCAUGUGUGACUCAGAGUGGCGCUUGCCUGCAGGGCGUAUGUACCCACACCCACCCCUGCCUUCUUGCUCCCCAGCACAUGGGUCAUUUCUCCCUCUUCUGAUCUCUUCCAGAGCACCCAGUACUAUGACAUGCGCUGGUCAUGUGAGCACCUCAUAAUGGUGUGGAUCAAUGCCUUUGUCAUGCUCACCACACAGCUGCUGCCAUCCAAAUACUGUGAUUUGCUACAUAAAUCAGCUGCUCACC